CUAAUUGCUAUUUUCUAACAAAAAAAAACACCAAGCGAAAUAAUUACACAAAGUGUUUUUUUUUGGUGGAUAGGAUUUAACCGAUACCGAUUAUCAAAAUGUUAGGGCUCGCCUCCGAUCAUGCUCAAGCCGUGUGGCAAAAUCUUCUCCUGGUCGCUUACGCCUCAACGAUAGCUGCGAUCCCCAUGGGCGAUGCUCUCUUGUUCAGCUUUACAGCCAAGAAACCGCUAGCGAUUGGAGUGGCUAGGGCCGUAUUUGUUUCAUCAUUGGGGGCCACGUUGACGAUGGUGAUUACGUUUGCGAUUUGGUUGACCCUCGAAAGCAUCUAUCCUCAGCUGCACAUCGACCAUUUUUUCUAUCAACUAAUCGAGUCAAGGAUACGGGAAAAGUCUUUCUAUCGGAUCCUCAUGAUUUAUGUUCUCAUGGAAUCUAUCAUGAUGUGCAGCACGGCCCUGGUCGGCGGCUUCCUGGCGUCAAUCACACCGUUUGUGGGAGAGCAAAAUCAAAACAAAACCAAGUUCACCUUUAGCAGUCUUUUGAUGGACUUGCCAUUGGGUCUCGCCACGAUAUCGUUCGUUCAAGUCUUGACGUGGUGCAUGAUUAGGUACCUUGAUCGCUUCCGACCUGUGUCGGCAGGAUUGCUUCAGGAGCAACAAGAAAGGAUGAUGAUGAUGAUGAACAAUCAAAGCGGCAGCACCCUCAAACAAAGCCGUCGAGUCACCUUCAACACAACCUCCGACACACUUAUUGCGCCAAGAUCCUCGGAUGCCAGCCGGACUUCCUCGACUGCGCCAAUCUUGGAAGAACAACCCCACGAAGAUUCCCAGUCAAUCACACGGAUGGCUUCCUCAUCCUCAUCUACGACCUUACUUCCCCAAGACUCCAGCCACAAUUCCCAGAGUUCUUACAACAAAAACAAAGACUCUGAGAAUAUCGCACCAGCCCACAAUAAUUCUCUUAAACCCCAUCCUGCUGAGCCGCCACCCCUACAGCCGAUCCUCAACACUCCAGCCGCCGCACGUACAAAAAUCAACCGAAGGCCUUUUGGGCCUCAUCUGAAGCCUGGAAUGUACGCAAUGCCAAGCUCAAACAAUACACACCUUUCCCAACCUACGCCGGUGGCACUCAAAGGAGGGAACUCGAAUAACAGAUUCACCUCAGGAGCGUUGGGUCGUUAUGCCUGGAUGAGAAACCAAAACGGCGGUCGCGGGGAAAAUGUUUCUUUAGCCCAAGAGGGGCCUCGGGGCGGCGGACUACCUUAUUCGCGGCCUGGUGUACUAGGAAAAUCCAACAAACCAUUUGGCUCAUCACCAUAUCAGAGAGUCUCUUUCAAGCCCACCAAAGACGAGGAACAGGAGGAACGAACAUCGAUCGAAUCCAACGAAUUUCUGAGCAUGGAGAACGCCUCAAAUGGGCACAGUCUAGAAUCCCAGAACUCGAGGUCUCCUUAUACCGAAAAGAAACCGAUUCCGAUCGAAGCCGAUGUUGCCAUGGCGGAGCAACAGGGCAAUCAAACUGAAUUCCUGGGAAGUGAAUAUUCCGACUCCGGGAACUCGGAUUCCGAAGGCGAGGUGGAUGAAUGGGCUGAAACACAGUCGCAAUUAGCUGAAGAGCCGCCAGAGAAGGCACGGAGAGGUCGUUUCUUUGGCUGGUCGUUCACCGGACAUUAAGAAUGUUUAUUUUAAUCCGCCGCCAACUAACUAGAAUCACAGGCCUGUUGAUGAGCAAGUAUCACCCAGAGAGGAUGAAAUUGAACGAGGAUUCAAAGAAAAGCAUCAGAUCAAUUUUAUUUUUUCGCCCGAGAUUGAUUGUUUUUUAUUAUCAUAGUAGUUGUAUUAAUACUUUAGCAAGUAUACCUUUUGGAGAUUGCACCAGAAGCCACGAUUGAUCCAAUUGGCUUGAAUAAUUC